ACCGUGGGCUGUCCAGCUGGCGACAAUUUGGCAAGAGCAAGUCAAGCAGCAAGAACGCUUCGGGUCACCAGCAGAAUCGGCGAUGGUUUGGCCAAAGAAGAACGGCAGGAACGAUUUACCACUCAAGGCUGGCAGUCAGUUGGUGGCCAGUUUGCGGUCAGUUGCAAAUGGAAAGAACUCCCUGCACUCUUUCUCCAUUUCUUCUUUUCCCAUGCCCUGCCUUUCCUUUCCUUUCCAUUCUUUUUUUUUUUUCCUUUCUUCCUCUUUUUCUUUCCCUUUCGCCACACGCAACAGAUUCUUUCGUAUCGACUGACUGCUUGCGUUUUUCUGAUCGAUACAGAUCAUGUUCUCGACAAUUUUUUCAUCGACUUCCGUGGACUGGGCGGCCAUCGGAGCUGUUUUCACUGGAGCAAUCUUUUUGCUCACCCUUCUUCGGGCCCUCAGGCCUACUUCGUUUCCUGGUGGCAAAAUUCCCAAGGAGGUCAUAAGUCUCCUUCACGGCGCCAACUUUGGGAAUAUCCGAGACAAUCUUGAGGCAUUGAGGAGAGACGCCGGGGCGUCGAUGACGGCAGAGCCUGCUGGGGAGGCACCUGCUGAGACGCUUCGGGACAUUCUCGCCUCGACCAGAGACGAAACCCGUGCAAUGAGGGAGACAUUGACGGGUCUAGCCUCUGCGUUGACGGCUGCAUACGCAGACCUAGCUCCUGCGCUGACGGCUUUCACUGACGAAGUUCGUGCGAUGAGGGGGGCAUCCACGGACCUAGUCGGCGAAAUGACGGCAGUCAGAGGCGAAGUCGGCGCGAUGCGAGAGGAUGUUAAGGGGCUGAAAGCAGAUGUGGCGACUUUGGUCAACGCUCUGCCUGAGGUCUCUUCUGAACUCCGACUGCUGAGGACGGACAUCUCGAAGAUCCAGAGAGCUGGCAACUCUCCCCUGCGAUCCCAUUUGGGUUAACAGGGCUCUCGCCAAAUUGCCGGCGCGAGAAGGGAUCCGGCGACACCUCCAGACCAUGCCCGCGAUGGUUUGAUGACACCACCCGCCGUCCAGGGUGGUGGGGGCCAGUGCCGAGAGGCAUUGCGCUCUCCCC